UCCCUAUCUCCCAUUCAUCUUCCUCCAUAGCUCCACUGCCUACAGUUCCAGUUGCAGCUCCACCACCUAUAGCUCCAGUGUCACCACCGAGUCCAGUGCCACCACCUAGUCUAGUUCCGCCAACUAUACCCCUAGUGCCACCACCUAGUCUAGUUCCAUCAACUAUAGCUCCAAUGCCACCACCUAGUCAAGUUCCACCAACUAUAGCUCCAGUGCCACCACCUAGUCCAGUUCCACCUUCUACAGCUCCACCACUCCUGACUUAUCAUCGUCGUCCGCCCCCAGCAUCAGGCCCAGCUGAUUCACGUCCUACACCUGACCCUACUAAUUCUGCGGACUUGUCUCCUCUUAAUCAACCAGUUGCACUACAAAAAGGUUGUAGACCUGUUGACACUCUGAUGGAUCCAAAUUCUAAACUUCUGCCAGGACAGGGGGAGCCUCUUAGCGAUCCUACAAGAUAUAGGCGGUUGACAAUGGAAACCCCAGUAAUAGCAUAUACUGCAAACUUGAUACUGAUAAACAUGCUUGGAAGUGCUGUCCAGAUGGAAGUUAUUUUUGGAAAAUAUUUUGUGUCAGGUAACUUGACUUGGUUUUAUCGUCAUUUACUAAUUCCUUUGCCAAUUUUGGAUCACUAUAAAGAGUCCCACGAUGCACGAGUUAAGGAAGGUGCUGCUGCAUCUAGGAGUCCUCCGAGAAGUGUAAUAUUGGUUGGUCAUUCCAUGGGUGGUUUUGUUGCUAGAGCUGCGAUUGUCCACCCACAUUUGAGGAAAUUUGCUGUUGAAACUGUUCUGACACUUUCUUCUCCGCACCAGUCGCCUCCUCUGGCUUUGCAGCCAUCACUUGGUCAGUAUUAUGCACGUGUAAAUUAUGCAUGGAGGAAAGGCUACGAGGUCCAAACUUCUCGAUCAGGACAUUAUCUGUCUGAUCCAGCACUCUCUCAUGUUGUUGUUGUCUCAGUUUCUGGUGGUUAUCAUGAUUACCAGGUCCGGUCAAAGUUACAAUCACUUGAUGGUAUUGUGCCUCCUACCCAUGGCCUUAUGAUUAGUAGCACGGGCAUGAAAAAUGUGUGGUUAUCAAUGGAACACCAGGUUAUUUUGUGGUGUAAUCAGCUCGUGGUCCAAGUAUCACAUACUCUUCUUAGCCUGAUAGACCAGGAGACUGGUCAGCCUAUAUCUGAUGUUCGGACGAGGCGGGGAAUCUUCACAAAAAUGCUUCACAGUGGAAUACCUCCAAAUUUUAAUUGGUUAAAGCAACCGCAGCUGCCCCAUAUACCAAUCGAAAAUGGAGAAGCUGAAUCUGGAUCUCAGCCGCACAGCAUGUAUGCUUGCCCCCGUAGCAUUCAUUGGAGUGAUGAUGCACUUGAAAGAGAUUUAUACAUCGAGACAACCACUGUUACAGUUUUAGCAAUGGACGGGAGGAGGCGCUGGUUGGACAUUGAGAAGUUGGGAUCUAAUGGCAAAAACCACUUUGUUUUUGUCACAAAUCUUUCUCCAUGUUCCGGUGUACGACUGCACCUUUGGCCCGAGAAAGGAACUUCAGUUUCCAUGUUACCGACUAAUAAACGGGUUUUAGAAGUUACAUCAAAGAUGGUACAAAUUCCAUCUGGACCAGCUCCAAGGCAGGUUGAACCAGGUACUCAGACUGAGCAGGCACCUCCUUCUGCUGUAUUUUGGCUGCAUUCAAGGGAUAUGCGUGGCUUCAGAUUUCUGACCAUCUCAGUGGCAUCUCGCCUGGCUGUUUCAGGAAGGCCUCCACCGGCCACUUCCAUGGGAGUUGGGCAAUUUUUCAAUCCAGAGGAUGGGGACACAAUCUUAUCUUCUCAGUCCUUGAUUCAGGCUAUGUAUUUUUCAAAGGAGAUGAUGUUGAAGGAGGAUCACCCUCUUGCACUUAAUCUGUCUUUCUCUGUUAGCUUGGGCCUCAUGCCUGUGACGUUGUCUGUCAAAACAACUGGUUGUGGAAUAAGAAAGUCAGAGUUCACUUCUGAUGAAUCUGGAGAGAUGGAAAUUGACAGGCUGUGUAAACUUCGCUGUUUCCCUCCUGUAGCACUUGCUUGGGAUGUCACAUCUGGUCUCCAUGUUUUUCCUAAUCUAUUCUCAGAAACGAUUCUUGUGGAUUCCUCUCCAGCACUCUGGAGUUCCAGCCUAGGUUCAGAAAAGACCAACGUUUUGUUGCUGAUUGAUCCACAUUGUUCGUACAAAACAAGUAUUGGUGUUAAUGUCACUGCUGCAGCUAAAAGAUUUUUGCUUCUAUAUUUCUCAGAGAUUACUGGUUUUGCAAUUGCUGUUGUCCUUUUUGCUUUAAUGCGGCAAGCACGGCAAUGGGAGCUCGACCAGCCUAUACCUUCUCUCAUUUCAGCUGUGGAAUCAAAUUUGAGGAUGCCAUUGCCCUUUCUCUGUUUGGCUCUGCUACCUAUCUUAUUUGCUCUAGUACUUUCCUGCCUCAUUUCUCUACCCCUUCCUCCAGCCAUAAGCUUCAUCAUUGUCUCAACAAUCUGUUACUUCUGUGCAAAUGGAGUGGUGGUUGUGGUGAUAUCAGCCUCCCAAUUGUUAUUCUAUGUUAGUGCUUCGUUACAUGUAUUCAUCAAGAAACGGUCGCAAACUCGGGGACAUAAUUUCUCUUUUCUAUUUGUCCCUUGGUUUCUUAAUCUUUCCACUGCCUUCCUAUCAUCCAAGGUUGUCAGGAUCAUAAGAUUCAAUCCAUUAUUUGUUAUGACACUGGUCUCUUUCACCCUAAUGUGCUUCGCUCAUCCAGCAUUGGGUCUUCUUUUGUUGCUCCUUUCUCAUGUUGUGUGUUGCCACAAUGCUCUGUCGAGUUUUUUGAUGGCUUCAUUUCGCAGCCAUACCCAGACUAAGGAGUUAAUAGAAUCUGGGAACAGAAGUCAGAGUGGAUCUGAGCAAUUCAUACCCCGAUAUGAUGGUGAAAUCAACAAGCAUUUCACUCAGGAGAAUAAUUCCAAUAGUCUGGACUCGGUAAAAAGCUAUGGUGAAACCCAACUAGAGAUCUUCAACCAUCGGCAUGGCUUGCUUGUAUUACACUUUCUUGCGACACUUAUGUUUGUCCCUUCACUUAUAGCAUGGCUCCAGAGAAUGGGAAUCAGUCAGAGCUUGCCAUGGUUUGUGGAUUCUAUACUUUGCGUUGGUGUUUUGCUGCAUGGUAUAUGUGAUUCAAAGCCCGAGUUCAACUUCUUCUUGUUUCCUUUGCCGGGCAUCCGAGGAUGGGAGAUAAACCUGAGCUUUGCCUAUCUUCUAGCUGGAUACUUUUCUUUUAUUUCUGGCUUAGCCUUGGCUCCUUACAGAACAUUUUAUCCCAUGGCUGCCAUUGGGUUUAUUUCAUGUGCUUUUAGGAUCAUAGAGAAGAAAAGUAGGGAAAAGGGGGAAAUGUACCAUCGCCAUAGAAAACACUCUCACAAACACUGAAAAAAAUUCUCAUGUAAGCAAUGAUUUUUCAAACAGAAUCCAUUGUUGUACAAUGUUGCCACGUGCAGGAUGUUCAGUGAGAUUGUACUAAUUGAACAUGGCUUUGGUGCCACAAUUUUGAGGAUUUCUUUUAUCACUUGCUGAAUGUGUAAUAUGCCACAAUUUUGAGGAUUU